AUGCUGACUAUUGCAGAUUACUAUUACCAAUUGUUCCCGAUAGAUUUGGCCACAUCGGGAAAAGGAGGGAUCGGAAAUUACAUCGGCAUUUGUGGUUUCGUUGCUGCUUUUGGAGUGGCGGAUGCAUUGAUUCAGGGUGGGCUAAUCGGCGAUCUUGCUUUUAUGUGCCCUGAAUUCGUGCAUUCGUUUUUUGCUAGUUUGGCUGCAUCGGGAGCAUUAACUUCUGGCUUGAGGCUAAUCACUAAGGCAGCUUUUAAUAAAACUGAAGAUGAUCUUCGUAAGGGAGUUAUUCUGUUUCUUGCCAUCUCCACAUUUUUUGAAUUUAUAAGUAUUUUCCUCUACGCAUUUGUGUUCGGGAAUCUACCGAUCGUGAAGAACUUCCGGAAAAAAAGCAGCCUUGGAAGGGUAUGCAGUGGUUCUCAUUGCAAUGUUCAACUUGUCGGACCUCAUAGCAUGAUACAUUCCUCUUAUAGAUUGCCUAAAGCUCGAAUCCAGAAAGGGCCUCAUGUUCGCGUGCCUGUCUCGAUUCUUGCUCAUCCCAUGUUUUUACUUCUCGGCAAAAUAUGGAGACCAAGAAUGGAUGAUAUUUUUGGCGUCUUUUCUGGGACUCACAAACAGGUAUUUAGCGGUCUGUGUGCUGACCGUGGCUCCCAAACGGUACAAGGCACCCGAGCAAAAUGCGUUGGGCAAUUUGUUAGUAGUUUUUUUACUUGCCGGGAUAUUUUUAGGCGUGGCGCUCGACUGGCUUUGGAUCAUUGGCAUUGGUUCAUUCUAAGCAANUACAAUGGAAGAGGCCAAGGAUAUCGUGAUCAAGCCAGGCGCCCAUGCCCAGUGGAGGUGAGGAUACGCGCUCCCGAGGCGCUGACAGACGGAGAAACGGCUUUGUCUGGAGAGAGGGAAACGAUUGCGGCAGUUGGUGAAAUGUUCUCAGGGGGUUGUAUUCUGCAGUACUGGAACUUUAGCGCUGCACUGAGGCCGUGCAGGUGCCCCAUGUGUUCGCAGCUUAUAACGAAGUUGACACCGGAGGCAUCAUUUUGUAUAGGCGUGAAAUGGAAAUUAGUAAGGUUCCACGCAAUGUUGGGGACUAUAACCGCUUGUUUGUGGGAGGCAUUUGUGGAUUUAUGCUGUUGUUUUUUGCUGGUUUGGUUGUAUUGGGAGGGUGGGCUAAUCGGCGAUCUUGCUUUUAUGUGCCCUGAAUUCGUGCAGUCGUUUUUUGCUGGUUUGGCUGCAUCGGGAGCAUUAACUUCUGGCUUGAGGCUAAUCACUAAGGCAGCUUUUGAUAAAACCGAAGAUGGUCUUCGUAAGGGAGUUAUUCUGUUUCUUGCCAUCUCCACAUUUUUUGAAUUUAUAUGUAUUUUCCUCCACGCAUUUGUGUUCGGGAAUCUACCGAUCGUGAAGAACAUCCGGAAAAAAGCAGCCUUGGAAGGGUCCAAAACGGCCUCGGCUGAUCUUGCAGCCGCAGGUAUCCAUACCUCAAAUGGCAAAACUGUAGAUGAUCCUAAACAGGCCCGAUUAGGCAACAAGGAGCUGCUACUAAAGAACUAUGAUUACGCAUUGGACCUUUACUUGAUAUUUGUAUGCGGUGGUUCUCAUAGCAAUGUUCAACUUGUGGACCUCAUAGCACGAUACAUUCCUCUUAUAUAUUGCCUAAAGCUCGAAUCCAGAAAGGGCCUCAUGUUCGCGUGCCUGUCUCGAUUCUUGCUCAUCCCAUGUUUUUACUUCACGGCAAAAUAUGGAGACCAAGGAUGGAUGAUAUUUUUGGCGUCUUUUAUGGGACUCACAAACGCGUAUUUAGCGGUCUGUGUGCUGACCGUGGCUCCCAGAGGUAAUCUUCUCCCGAGCCCGAGGCGCCGGCCAGAAUCCGGGAACUCAUUCAUAGCUGGAAUGUUUAUUUCUGUACCACCUCAGGUAGAUGAUCCUAAACUGGCCCGAUUAGGCAACAAGGAACUGCUACUUCAACUUCAGAACAUUGAUUACGUAGUGGACCUUUACUUGAUAUUUUUACUCACACUCUCGAUCUUCCCUGGGUUCUCAUACUCUUGA